UUUUGCGUUGCUUGCAGACCCCAGCUUCUAGAUCAUUCGCUGUUUGUCUUCGGUGGGAUAUAUAUCGAAGUUGAUUUCGCUGUGUAAUUUUAUAGAAUUUCUAUAAAUCGUUGCUGAUUAGGUUCAUUAAAUUGAUUGAACUUGCACAAUUGAAUUAUCGAGAUGCAGAUCUUUGUAAAAACUCUUACGGGAAAGACCAUCACCUUAGAAGUUGAAGCUUCUGACACCAUUGAAAAUGUCAAAGCAAAAAUUCAGGAUAAAGAAGGCAUUCCUCCCGAUCAACAACGUCUUAUUUUUGCUGGUAAACAAUUAGAAGACGGACGAACUCUAUCAGACUACAACAUCCAAAAAGAAUCUACUCUACAUUUGGUUCUACGUCUCCGUGGUGGAAUGCAAAUUUUCGUAAAGACUCUUACUGGUAAAACCAUCACUCUAGAAGUCGAAGCUUCUGACACCAUUGAAAAUGUCAAAGCUAAAAUUCAAGAUAAAGAAGGUAUCCCACCAGACCAACAGCGUCUCAUCUUCGCUGGUAAACAAUUAGAAGAUGGCAGGACCCUCUCUGAUUACAACAUCCAAAAGGAAUCUACUCUACAUUUGGUCUUACGUCUUCGAGGUGGAAUGCAGAUCUUUGUGAAAACUCUUACAGGAAAAACCAUCACUCUAGAAGUUGAAGCAUCUGACACCAUUGAAAACGUCAAAGCUAAAAUUCAAGAUAAAGAAGGCAUUCCCCCCGAUCAACAACGUCUUAUCUUCGCUGGUAAACAAUUAGAAGAUGGACGGACUCUAUCUGACUACAACAUCCAAAAAGAAUCUACUCUACAUUUGGUCUUACGUCUCCGAGGUGGAAUGCAAAUUUUUGUAAAAACCCUUACAGGAAAAACCAUCACUCUAGAAGUUGAAGCUUCUGACACCAUUGAAAAUGUCAAAGCUAAAAUUCAAGACAAAGAGGGUAUUCCACCUGAUCAACAGCGUCUCAUUUUUGCUGGUAAACAAUUAGAAGACGGAAGAACUCUAUCAGACUACAACAUUCAAAAAGAGUCUACAUUGCAUUUAGUAUUGCGUCUUCGUGGUGGAAUGCAGAUCUUUGUGAAAACUCUUACUGGUAAAACCAUCACUCUAGAAGUCGAAGCAUCUGACACCAUUGAAAAUGUCAAAGCAAAAAUUCAGGAUAAAGAAGGCAUUCCUCCCGAUCAACAACGUCUUAUUUUUGCUGGUAAACAAUUAGAAGACGGACGAACUCUAUCAGACUACAACAUCCAAAAAGAAUCUACUCUACAUUUGGUCUUACGUCUCCGUGGUGGUAUGCAAAUAUUUGUCAAGACUUUAACUGGUAAAACAAUAACUCUAGAAGUCGAAGCUUCUGAUACUAUCGAAAACGUCAAAGCAAAAAUUCAAGAUAAAGAAGGCAUUCCUCCCGAUCAACAACGUCUUAUUUUUGCUGGUAAACAAUUAGAAGACGGACGAACUCUUUCUGAUUAUAAUAUCCAAAAAGAAUCGACAUUGCACUUGGUCCUGCGUCUUCGAGGUGGCUGCUAAAUAAUGCUGCCAAAAGAAAUCUGAAUAAACAUCAAUAGUAAUUUUAGAAUUCAUAUUAUUUCGAUUGUUCAUUCCACAUUUUAAUUAUCUCUUUUGUUACAAUGCAGUAUCUCAAUUAGACACAUUGUAAUCUGAUGAUACAAUAAAAUACACAUUAAUCAAA